AUGGGGGAGUUUCACGCGUCUUGGGAUGAGGUGGCGCGCCUCCCCACACGUGAACACCACCCCAAGGCGAAUCUCCUCUUUACUUCAACCCAUAUUAUUCUCUCUCGUCUAAUCAGAGUGAUGAUAAAAGAUAAUGAAAACACUAUGCACACUGGACAUGUUCGGCGUCGUAAAGGUUCAAAUGAGGUUCCAGGUGAUGUUGACCAAACAAGUGGAACCAAAUUAUUGGCAACAGAUCAAAAUAAGUACAAGUCAAUGUUGGUUCGUGCUUAUUCAACUAUUUGGAUGAUUGGUGGCUUUAUAUUUGUUGUCUACAUGGGACAUCUCUAUAUAUGGGCAAUGAUUGUCAUAAUACAAAUCUUUAUGGCUAAAGAGUUGUUCAAUUUAUUAAUCAAAGCACAUGAAGAGAAACAGCUUCCAGGAUUUAGGCUUUUGAACUGGCACAUUUUCUUCACAGCAAUGUUAUUUGUAUAUGGUCGGAUUCUUAGUCAACGGUUGGUCAACACAGUUACAACUGACAAGUUUUGGUAUAAACUUGUGGGAAAUCUUAUCAAAUACCACAUGGUCACCUGUUAUUUCUUGUAUAUAACAGGUUUUGUGUGGUUUAUUCUUUCACUAAAAAAGAAGAUGUACAAGUAUCAAUUUGGGCAAUAUGCAUGGACUCAUAUGAUCCUUAUUGUGGUUUUCACUCAAUCAUCUUUCACUGUUGCCAACAUUUUUGAAGGAAUUUUCUGGUUUCUUCUUCCAGCAUCACUGAUUGUGAUUAAUGAUAUUGCUGCUUACAUUUUUGGUUUCUUUUUUGGAAGAACUCCAUUGAUUCAAUUAUCCCCAAAAAAAACUUGGGAAGGAUUCAUUGGGGCUUCUGUUUCAACCAUUAUAUCUGCCUUUGUGCUUGUUAAUCUUUUUGGACGCUUCCAAUGGUUGACCUGUCCUAGAAAGGAUUUGUCAACUGGAUGGCUUCAAUGUGACCCUGACCCUUUGUUUAAGCCUGAGAAUUUUGUGUUACCCGAAUGGUUUCCAUGGAAAGAGAUGCAAAUUCUGCCAGUGCAAUGGCAUGCAUUGGGACUUGGACUUUUUGCUUCAAUAAUUGCACCUUUUGGUGGCUUCUUUGCUAGUGGUUUCAAAAGAGCCUUUAACAUCAAGGAUUUUGGGGAUAGUAUUCCCGGACAUGGUGGGAUGACAGACAGAAUGGACUGCCAGAUGGUUAUGGCUGUGUUUGCAUACAUAUAUCACCAGUCAUUUAUUGUUGCUCAAAGCGUAUCACUUGGGAUGAUUUUAGACCAGAUUGUAAUGAAUCUCUCAUAUGAGGAACAACGUGAGCUCUACACCAAACUUGGACAGAUCAUUAAAGACCACCAAUUUGGUGAAACCUGAUUUUUUUUUUCUUUUUUUAAUCAUAGAGAUAAUUAGACAACAUAGAUCAAGGUUAUUAGGUUGCAUGUACACUUAGGAAGUGUUAAAUGCCAAAAC